AUGGAGGUAGAUGCUGAUGGAAAUGGUGCUAAAAUAUUUGCUUAUGCGUUCGACAAGAACCGCGGCAGGGGAUCCGGGCGCCUCCUGCACGAGCUGCUCUGGGAAAGACACCGGGGAGGGAUUGCUCCUGGAUUUCAGGUGGUGCAUCUGAAUUCAGUCACCGUGGACAACCGCCUGGACAAUCUGCGCCUGGUUCCUUGGGGUUGGAAACCCAAAGCUGAAGAAAUCUCUAGUAAACAAAGGGAACAAAGCCUGUAUUGGCUGGCAAUCCAGCAACUUCCCACAGACCCUAUAGAGGAGCAGUUCCCAGUGCUGAAUGUAACCCGGUAUUACAACGCUAACGGGGACGUUGUGGAGGAGGAGGAGAACUCGUGCACAUACUAUGAAUGUCACUACCCCCCGUGCACAAUGAUUGAGAAGCAGUUACGUGAAUUCAACAUCUGUGGCCGCUGCCAGGUCGCCAGGUACUGUGGGUCCCAGUGCCAGCAGAAGGACUGGCCUGCUCACAAGAAGCACUGUCGGGAGAAGAAAAGGACCUUCCAGCAAGAGCUCGGACCAGAACGAUGACCGGGUGGCAGAGGCCUCUUAGCAGCAGGAUUCCUUCUCAAAGGCAUUGGACUCUUGCUUUUGCACAGUAAUGACAGACUGCUUAGUGAAGCCAGAGGCACUGAAGAAUUAAAAAAACAACCAACCAACCCUGUGAUGCUUGAGCAGAAUGGCUGACUGGACUAAGCCAGCUCUGACUGGUGCUGUGGAAAGGGAUUGGGUCUACCCUUCCAGUAUUAUAUUCUCAAGCAAAAAGACUACUGUGGAGGCUCCAGGCAGGAAGCUUCUCGUUAUUUAUAUGUUAAUACAUUUGUAAACUCAUGUACAGUUUUUGUUAGAAAUUCUUGAUAGGACUCAUUAACUGUAACGUUCAGAUGAGAACACGUUGUUGGCCUAAAAGUUUAACAAAAAAACAAACAAACAAAAAAAGUCAUGUAGCAAAAGCUUUUCCUCCUGUGUGGCUAGAGGUGUCUGUGGCAGUGCCGAGGGCAGGAGGCUCCAACAUCAGCAGGACUCUGCAUGGAAGUUAUACUUAAAACAACAAAAAAUAGGGGCAAACAAAGU